GCGGUUCACGGGACUAAGGGAGGCCGAGGCGACGCGGCGCCAACGCGCCUGCGCGCGUACGGCGGCCGAAAGGGACCGAGGCGGCGCAGCCGGUGACAGCCGCGAACCCCACCCUUUCCCCACGUGGCCACGAAGACCGGCUUGGGAGCAACUAGUGGAUGUCCUUGGCCCCACGAGGAGAAGAUGACGAUGGCCUCCAAGCGUAUCACCCAGGAAACCUUCGAUGCAGCCGUUCGCGAGAACAUCGAGGAAUUGGAGAUGGAGCCGGAGGAGGCAGUGAAAGAGGCUGUGGAGCAGUUUGAGUCACAGGAGACUUCUCUUGACCACCUCCCAAGAAACAGGGCCACCUGCCUCCCUGCCCCACCUGCACCCCAGCUUGAGUUCAUGGAGGCAGAAGAGGUGUUGAUGACCGGCCCGUGGAAAUAGGUGGCGUGCUCAAGCCAGGCCAUGGAGGAGAGUGGUAAAGAGGGAGCUCUUUGCAAUAGCAUGAGCAAGGAGUUGAUCUGAGCAACAUUGUAAAGAUGACGCCGAAAGUCUCUGCAGAUGGACUCCAGGAGCCCACACAUGACGUCCUGCAGGCCCUGGAUGACCUGCAGGAGUCUGUGGCCCGCUCUGACCUGCAGGAGGCGUCAGCACACCUCACCCGCUUUUGCGAGCAGUGCAAGCAGCACAAGGCCUGCCGCUUUCUUGCAGCUGAGAAGGGGGCCUACCCCAUCCUCCUUGCCACCUGGAAGUUGGCCGCCACAGGUGACCAAGGCCUCCUGCUCCAGGCCCUCAAUGCCCUGUCAGCCCUGACUGAUGGCCAGCCCGACCUCCUAGACUCCCAGGGCCUGCAGUUGCUGGUGGCCACACUGGCCGGGAAUACCGACUCGACCAGCGUAACCUGUUCUGGGAUCCGCUGUGUGCGCCAUGCCUGCCUGAAGCACGAGCAGAAUCGGCAGAGCCUGGUGAAGGCUGGUGUGCUGCCCCUGCUGACUGGCGCUAUCACCCAGCACAGCCACUGUGCCGACGUGGUCAGGGAGGCUUGCUGGGCCCUACGUGUUAUGACCUUUGAUGAUGACAUCCGUGUACCCUUUGGCCAUGCCCAUGACCAUGCCAAGAUGAUCGUGAAGGAGAAUGGAGGCUUGAAGGUGCUCAUUGAGGCUGCCAAAGCAUUUCCUGACAACCCCAGCAUCCUGAGUGAGCUCUGCAGCACCCUGUCCCGCCUGGCUGUCCGCAACGAGUUCUGCCAGGAGGUUGUCAACCUCGGGGGCCUCAGCAUCCUAGUGGCCCUGCUGGCCGACUGCAACGACCACCAGGACCUUGUGAAACAAGUGCUAAGUGCCCUGAGGGCCAUCGCAGGCAAUGAUGACGUGAAGGAUGCCAUCGUCCGCGCCGGCGGGACUGAGUCCAUUGUGGCCGCCAUGACCCGGCACCUGGCCAGCCCCCAGGUGUGUGAGCAGAGCUGUGCUGCCCUGUGCGUCCUGGCCCUGCGCAAGCCAGAGAACAGCCGGGUCAUUGUGGAGGGUGGCGGGGCCCUGGCCGCACUUCAGGCCAUGAAGGCACACCCGCAGGAGGCUGGUGUGCAGAAACAGGCCUGCAUGCUGAUCCGAAACCUGGUGGCCCGCAGCCAAGCCUUCUCACGGCCCAUCCUGGAGCUGGGGGCCGAGGCACUCAUCUCUCAGGCCCGUGCUGCCCACCGUGACUGUGAGGAUGUGGCUAAAGCUGCCCUGCGUGACCUGGGCUGCCACGUCGAGCUCCAAGAGCUGUGGACUGGCCAGAAGGGUAACCUGGCACAGUGACCCCAGGCUCAGCCUGGGCCAUGACUCUGGGUGAGUCAUGUGACUCAGGAACGGUCAGGAGUGGAGGGCUGGGGUGCAGAUGGGAAUCCAAGUCCUGCCACUCUGCCCCUAGAUUCCUCCCCCACCAAGGAGAGGUGUUUUCUGAUGGGGACCAGGUAUAAGCUAGGGGGUGGGAAGGGAGCAUUAGUGAGGUGCCUCUACAGCAGAAAGCAGCCCCUGGGUCCCAGCCUCCCUUCACCCUGUUCCCCUCACCAGCUGACAGCAUUGGCAUCAUUUGUCUUGCACUACCCAACCCUGCCGCCCUUUCCCAGUAGAAGAGCCCCCUCAGCAUUGCUUGGGGCCAGAUGUCUGUCUGAAAUAGGGGAACCAUUGCUGGCCAGUCUCAAAGCAGGGUAGGGAUCCCACUUCUGUUCCUACAAGUCUGUUCUCAUCCCUGCUACUGUUUUUCUCACCUGUAAAAUGAAUCAGAAAUGCCUUGCUCUGCUGAACGGAGGUCAGGGACCAGGGCUCAUUUGUCUCCAGGGGUCCCAGGCCAGCCAGUGGUGCCUGGUAAUAAACGACUGUUGGUUGAACAA